AUGAAGUCCUGCAAGAGCAUUAUCAUCGCAGCCGCGUGGACAGCGUUGGCUUGGGGUAUUAGUGCUGCCCCGGCAAAACCCAACAAGGCUCCUGAGCCAAAAUAUUUCCAUGAGAAUCGCUACGAUGUUCACUAUGAUGAUCGCUACUCUCUCAUUCUACUUGAAGACCCAGAGCAGAGAGAGGCCAUCAAAGUCUUAGUCCAGACGUAUCUGGCAACUUUCCGAGACUUGGGCAUUCAAACAUGGCUGAUGCAUGGGACUCUUCUUGGAUGGUGGUGGGGUAAGAAGGUCAUGCCGUGGGACUAUGAUGCGGAUGUCCAAGUCACAGAGGCAGACAUGUAUCUUCUAGCCGCCUAUCACAACAUGACCAUAUACUACUACAAGUACGGCACGAUGGAAAAAGGUCGCUACUUCCAGCUCGAGGUCAACCCGUAUUUCGUUCACCGAGAUCAAGAUGAUAAGUCCAAUGUCAUCGAUGCCCGGUGGAUCGAUAUGCAAAAUGGGCUAUACAUUGAUAUUACUGCGGCAAGAUAUGCUCUGGAUCAUGAGGAGGGCCAAGGGGUCUUGUACGACAAAUAUGGCCACGAAUAUCGCGAUACAUAUGUCUUCCCGCUGCGAGACACGACCUUUGAGGGAGUGCCCUGCAAGAUUCCCUAUCGAUACGAGGACAUGCUGCAAGCAGAAUACGGGAAGAGGUCUUUAACUAAUACAGAGUAUCACGGAUUCGAUAACGCGACAAGGUCAUGGGUUCCCUUUGAAAAACCGGAUGAAGAAUUAUAG